UAGAGAAAUCUUCUUCUUCUUGUUCUUGUUCUUCCCCCCUUUUACUUUGCGAAUUUCCAUCUAAAAACUGUUGUGUACCGAUUGUUGAAAUUAUGAGGGAAGGAGAUGAAGAAGCCGAUAUUGGUCGGCUGCCAAUUGAUUUGUUGGCCCAUAUUUUCUCUCUCUUUGCUUCUUUCAAAGACUUGGCUCAGGCGAGCAGUGUGUGUAGAAAAUGGAGGCAAGGAGUGAAGGAGUCUCUUGCUCGGAGAGAAAGCCUCAGUUUUUCCGGUUGGAAAAUGGAUGACGAGUCCACUGCACGCCUCGUCCUAUUGGCUUACAGCCUCAAAGACCUCGACAUAUCAAGAAGCCGUUGGGGCUGCCAAAUAACCGAUAAUGGAUUGAACCAAUUAUCCACUGCCAAAUGUAUUGCCAAUCUAUCUUCCGUUUCUAUGUGGGGUUCCACCGGAAUUACAGACAAAGGUGUUAUUCAACUGAUUUCGAGAGCGACUUCACUUCAACACCUGAACAUUGGCGGUACGUUUAUCACAGACGCAUCACUCUUUGCAAUUGCAGAUAGUUGCCCUCAUCUCAAGAAUAUAAUUUUAUGGGGUUGUAGACAUGUGACGGAUAAAGGGCUUCUAAUGCUCGUAAAAAAAUGCGGGAAACUGAAGUCGAUAAACGUGUGGGGAAUGAGGGUACCUUUGGACAGUAUAAUCGGACUUCUUACGAUAAGUCCAGCUCUUCAAAUACAGCCUAAAGGCAUGCUCUUGCCUGAUCAUGCUUACCAAGGUUGGCCGAUUUAUUGACAACCUUUAUUAUUUAUUUAUUUCGAUGGAAAUCAAGAUUAUAUUGCUUCUCUAAAUUCAUUUAUUGGUGAAAAAAUGGCGGAGAUUUAUUAUAUAUAAAUAAAUAAGUACGAAUCUUCGAGGAGGACAAGGGAGGUGUUCGUGUUCCUUUUUUUUUUUUUUUAAUAAUUAGAUUUGUAUAUAUGUAUUGUUUGGUCUUUGUAAAUUUCCAAAUUCUGGUGACUGUUAUUUUCCAAACCUAAAUUCAAGAAAUUGGUGAAGGAUUUGUAUAUGUAAGAGAAGCUCUGUGAGCACAUGUUUCCAUGUGAUGUACCUUUGGCUCUAUCUGUAAUACCUUGCUCUCAACUCAAAGGAUGAUAUUUUCUUUCAAUUCUUUUUUUU